UUUUUGGUCUGACAUUUUGGCAUUUUCAAACCACUACAAAACCCAAACCCAAACCCUACUUGAGCACCUAUCAGAUCGGAGAAAGUUGGAGAGAAAUGUCGGCCAUUAUCCUCCUCCUCCUCAUCAACAUCGCCGCCACUUCCGCUGCCCCGGCCCCGGCUCCGGUGGCACCUCCCGCCACCAAGUACAUUAACCACACCGUGGGUGGGCCCAUCGGGUGGUUCUUCAACUCCACCUCCAACACUUCCUUCACUAAUUACUCCUCCUGGGCUGCUUCUCAGACCUUCAACCUCGGGGACUAUCUAGUUUUCAACACUGAGAACCAGACGGUGAUUGAUACCCAAAACGCGACGACAUACCGUAGCUGCACAGCGGACGACACGUCGGACGAGACCACUUUCGUCUGGGGGGAUGAUACUGCGGGGAAGAAGACCAUUGUGGUGCCAUUGGUUACCGAGGGUGCCAACUACUACUUCUCCGGCAGCGGCGACGGCGAGCAGUGCCAGCAAGGCAUGGCCUUCGCGAUCGAAGUCAAUCACGGCCUCGGCUUGCCGCCGAUUCUCAAUCAGCCUCCACCUCCGCCGUACACGGAGCGGCCGGCUCAGUCGCCGCCGGGAACUGUCGACGGAACUCAGCCGUCGGGGAAUAGUGGGUUCAGAAGCGGCGCUAGUUUGAGCGGAGGGUUGUUAGUUGCGUUUAUGCUAGUUCUCAAUGUGUGAGGGGUUUGGGGUGUGAUUGGUAUUUCGGUUAUUGUUGGAUGCUAGAUUUGUAAUUUAGCCAGACUUGUUUAUUUACGUUUUACACAGACCGGUUUUACCUCAAA